AUGCAUGCCCAAGUCAUCGUGCCGACGGAUUUCAACCUCGAUAAGUUCCCCGACAGCCCAACGCGGCGUGUCUUUAGCACUGCCACCUCACUCGCGGCCGUUUCAAUGUUUUCCGUGUACGUUCCGCACAACGUUUUGUCGUCAAAGCAGUUGGGAAAUCUCGUCCAGGCUAUUCCGCAGUUCGCGAGUCUGUCGACAGCCCAACAGCACGAGUAUAAUCGCAUGGUGGAUUUGCGCGGGUUAUAUAAUGGCAAGGGUGGCAAAGAGUUUACACCCGAGGACCAACGGACACCAGCCACGAUCGAGUCGCAGGAUGACACUAUUCCCUUUAACACUCAACGUUACCCAGAUUUACCCCCGGCAUAUGAAGAAUGCCUGAGUGAGGGACAGCAGUCUAGGGCCAGGUCAGACGUCGCAGCCAUCUCUGCCGAUAGUCCCGUCGGCGACCGUGCCCUGUCGGAUUACGGAGGCACCGAACGGAAUGCUUCUAAACACGUGCUCCAUCGCGGGAGCGAAGACAGCGACCUACCCUUACCUAAAAGAAACGCCCAACUCUCAGAAAACAUGUUGCGAUCCCGUCUUGCAAGUCUUGCCCGCCAUCAAAGCACGUUGGAGUUGCGGUUUGAGCGCCAGUGCCAAGAAUUCAGAAAGCUACAAGAGGGUUUCAAGGAACUUCAGAGGCAGAACAAAAAGCUCGAGGGACAGGGUGAUGACGUGGAAGAAUACUGCUGUGUCUUGGAGAAGCGCCAGGUCGAGAAUGGGGAGGCCAUCGAGUCUGUAGCCAUCCAUGCUGACGAGCUGGCUGGAGAGUUCGAGGAGCUCGGGAAGCAAUUGCUUGACGUUUGUGACGAGGUGAAGGACUGGGCGGAGAAUAACAUGCCAGACAUGAUGGAAAAGCACGCGGAGAAAUGGCUUGAGGAGAACAUGGCGGAAAAGUAUAUGGAGAAAUGGUUUGAGGAGAACAUGGGCGAAAAGUUCAUGGAGAAAUGGCUUCAGGAGAACAUGGCGGAAAAGUACAUGGAGAAAUGGUUUGAGAAGAACAUGGCGAAAAUCAUGAAACGUCACAUCGAUGACCAAGUUGCGGCUAAAAUAGCUGAAAUGAAGACGAAGAUGCGCGAAGCCCUUUUAAACUAG